UAACCUCAGCCAUAUCAACAUGGAAAGACCAGGACCAGAGCUGUGCUGAUGGGUCCUCACAGCCAGCCACUUGUGUUGAGACUCACCAGUUGUGAUCUCAAAGAUGACAUUUGUGAAACCGUUGCCUCGGCUCUCCAGGCAGCUGGCUCAUGUCUGACAGAGCUGGAUCUCAGCUACAACAAACUGACAGACACAGGGGUGAAGCAGAUCUCCAGUGGUCUUAUGAGUCCACACUGUAACCUGAAGAUACUGAGACUGACUGGUUGUGGGGUUACAGAGGAGUCCUGUGGAAGUUUGUCCUCUGCUAUAGCAGUCUGUCAGCUCGAGGAGCUACGUCUGGGCUGCAACAAACUGGGAGACUCUGGAGUAAAGCUGCUGUCUGCUGGACUGAUGGAUCCACACUGUCAGAUACAGACUCUGGGGCUAAGGGAGUGUAAUCUCUCCAGACGUUCCUGUGUCUCCCUGGCUCCUGUCCUGUGGUCAUACUCAGUACUGAGAGAGCUGGACCUGAGAGACAACAGCCUGUGGUACUCUGGAAUGAGGCUCCUCUCUGCUGGACUGAGGAACCCCAAUUGUGCCUUACAGACUCUUAGGCUUUCUGGUUGUCUAGUCACAGAGAAAGGCUGUACGUUUCUUGCCUCUGCUCUGGAGUCAAAUCCCUCCCACCUGAAAGAACUGGACCUGAGCUUCAAUCACCCAGGAGACUCCGGAGUGAAGCUGCUCUCUGCUAGACUGGAGGAUCCACACUGUAGACUGGAGAAACUCAGUUUGGACCAUGGUGGAGAGUCCAGAAUCAAACCAGGCCUGAGGAAAUAUGCCUGCCAGCUCAAGCUGAACGAUAUGUCAGCAGAUAGUGACCUGACUCUGUCCGAGGACAACACGAGGGUGGUGAGGAGAACGCAGGUUAACCGAUAUCCUCAUUUGGAUUUCUCGGAUUCAGAUGACUCAGAUCGGACAGAAGAGUUGGAUAAGUGGGCCAAAGUACGCUGCAUGGAGCCACUGUCUGAUGGCCGUUUCUACUGGCAGGUUGAAUGGACUGGCUGGGUUGACAUUGGGGUGACAUAUACAUCCAGAUCGGUUACUGAGGCGAAGAGGUCUUGGGGGCUUUUCUGCUGCAAUGAACAGUACACAUUUAUUCAUAAUAUCAGGUUCUCAGUUGUGCCAGUACCCAGGCCGGACCCAAAGUGUAUAGGAGUGUAUCUCGACUUUCCGGCUGGCGCUCUGUCCUUUUACAGCGUCUCCUCUGGUACACUGACCCACCUGUACACAUUCCACACCACGUUCACUGAGCCCCUUUACCCUCAGUUCAAAAUCAUGUGUGAUGAGAGGGAGAUAUUUGGCUCAGUUAAAAUCCAAACUCUGUGAAUGAAAGCAGCCAUCACCAGAGUAACUGACAGACACAUUUUUUAUUAAUUUUAUUUCUGUAAUUAGAUUUAGUCUGUGUUUUUUGGGGGGAGAUUUUAAUUGAACUUUAUUGAUACCCAGGUGGGAAAUCGAAAUGGUAUAGUCACACAUUACAUACAUUGAUGAUGUAAAUAAUGAUUAAUGUCAAUAAAGUUUUGUAUGGAACUGAGA